AGUCAAGAACUGGGUAUGGUUACUUAAACGAGGCUGUGAAACAAUCUAUAUGAAGAAUGGAUCCUUCAGAAGAAAUCAUUGAUGAAUACUUUGAAUACUUAGCAGAUAGAGAUGUCUACAGGGCUCCGACUGUUCUAUCCUGGCUAACAGAUUACAUAGAUACAAAGAAUGAAAACGCAAUAUACAAAUUGCUUCAACACAGUUUGGCUAGUGAAGCUGUAGCAGGCCUUGUCGACCUACUUGAAUUCGAUGAUAAGAGGUUAACAGAGUCUGUGGUGCACAUUCUGGGGACUAUAGUGGAGCACCCCAGAUGUAGACAGUACGUGUUGGAAGUGCCCCGGAACACUGCUACCUCCGGACAGACUAAUCCCACCUUGUUUACUGCGCUCGUUAACAUGCUCAUGUCGGAUGAUAAGAAUGUGGUUAUGAACGCUGCGGGCACUAUCGCUAAUAUCGCCGAAUCGUGUGAUGGGCGCCUGUGGAUACUACAACAAGCUGUAUUCGACGAUGCUCUGCCAAUAUUGGGCGUUUUAACUGUAGAUCCCCACCAAUGGGCUGCUAGCAAUUCUGCUCUUGUUUUAGCAAGGUUAACCUUGUCUCAAGAGGGAAUAGUGAAGAUCCUAACACAUGAAAGGUGCAGCUACGUGUUAAUCAAUCUGAGCACUGCGCUUUGUGGUCAUAACCCAGGUAGCAGCAUGAACGCAGCGUUUGCAGUGGGCAGAUUGUUGGAGAGGGAAGACGCCAGAUCUAAACUUUUAGCGAUGAAAAACUUCAAAAACACGAUGACGGCCCUGACCAAGAUGCUCUACAACAAGGAAGCUGGACCUAGAAAGAAUGCUUGUUUCGCUUUUAGCUGCCUAGCUAACAGCAAGGAGGGUCAUGACAGGUUACUAGGCAAUGUGAACAGCGAGCUUAUCUUAGACCAGUUAGUCAGACUGAUUACAGAUCCUGAUGACGAGACUGCCUGGUUCGCUGCAGUUACUCUCCGUUCUGUUGGUAGCCAGAAAGAAGGAGUAUUUCGAUUGCGAGACCACAAAUCAGUGCACUCAGUGUUGAAGAAACUAGUAAAGGGCGGAGGCGUCACACUAAAAUCUGAUCUUUUAACCGAAGUGAAGAUGACGCUUGAUAUCCUGGGAAAGUUGCCUAAGUUACCUGCUCCAAUCAUGACUACCAUUGAUAGUUUCUCUGUUUCGGCUAGAUGGGAGUCGGUAAUUGCCACUGUGGGCAACAGAGUUUCCUAUCAGUUUUUUCAAGGCUGCACGUGUGUAUACGAAGGUACCAAAACUAACACUACAGUAAAGAACCUGAAACCCUUUACCUCCUACGUAUUCAGAAUAAGAGCUAUUAAUGCUACAGAUGAGGGACCCUACAGUGGUCCUGCUCUCAUCACUACUAAUGAGGGAGUACCGGGUCCUCCUGGAGAGGUUAACAAUGAGGGUAAACCUCAACACAACGCAAUUAAAAUAAGCUGGACUCCCCCACUAAACCCCAAUGGAACCCUCACUGGAUAUAAUAUCUACUCUGACGGGAAGAGAGUGGGUGUAGUUGGGAUAGAUAAACUAUGUUACGUAGUUAAAGACUUGCCCCACAGUACCUCAAUACCAAUACAAGUAGCUCCAGUUACAGCAGCAGGAGAGGGAGAGAAGAGUAUUCCUAUAAUGUGCUCUACUCUUAACCUCAGUGACUAUCCUCCUAAGAAGCCCAUCCUGUCAACCAGUGGAGGAGCUAACGAGAUUAAUGUCUCCUGGAUAGACCCUCCCAAACAACUUGGUCCUAUUGAUCAUUACGAGCUGGUUAUGAACGGCGAGGUAAUCUACAGCGGAAAAGAACAAGGGUAUAGAGUGAGCAACUUGGAACCCCUCACUAAUUACACUUUUAACGUGCGGGUAGUAACAGCCGACAAGUACGUGAUAGAGAGUGAACCAGCCAAGAAGAAGGCGGGUAGUAAAGAUGAUGAAGGCAUAAGUCGUGAAGAGAAGGAGGAACUUCUUGCUGAGCGAGACGCAAUGCAGGCCAGGCUCAAAGCUGAGCUGGCCAGGCUCAAGGCGCUCGAAGCAGCUCUGAAAGAGGAGGAACAUUUACGAAGGCUAGAAGUAGACCACAAGCUGACCCUGGGUUCAAGAGGGGGUCCUGCUUAUAAUCUGGACGACCCUGAUGUUGCUGGAUGUUUGUCCGGUUCCUUAUUAGCCAAACUUAAAGCAGCCGGUAUAACUGAUAUCUCAAUGCUUGAAGAAAAGGACAUACUCGCUCUGGGACUGAAUGAAGAGGAACUUAAUCAGCUUCUUGAUGCUAUCUACAUGGCUAAAUACUUAAAGGCAUCACCUAGACUUGCAAAGUUCCUGAAAGACACUGGUUAUAAUCCUUUGGAACUUUGGAAACUAAAUUAUCAAGAUGUUAACAAAAUGGCCCUGCCUGAAAAACUGAAGAAAGAGUUGUUUGGACACGUCCUGGGCCAACAAACAUCGUUCGUGGCUAAUCUUGAGAUCCCAACAUCACGGAACAUAAUACUGAAAGGCUGGAAGGAUGAGAAUCUGGCGUUCACGGCCAGACACGACGCUAAACUGGUUACUAAAAACUUCCACGCAAAAGAGGAACUCACUGACUAUAUCGAUAAACUUAGAGCAGUGGUACAGAAGAACGGUGGCGGGGCUUCUGGUACUGAAUCUGAGGGAGAACUCCCCGAACCUGAGAAACAUAGAACACCCACUCCGGAGGUGGCGAAGCCCGUUUCAGACACCCGAGAGAUCAUCAGGCCGAAAAAGAAAUCAGAUCGUUUCACUACUAACAAGAAGCAAACCUCCAAUGAUGACAAAAAAUCGACAUUACCUCGAAAACCUGCACCAGAAGACAACCUAAAGAAAGGAUUGUCGACGAUUGAAGAGGUAUCCUCGACAAUCACCCUUGAUACCUCUCCACCGAGCUCUGCUGCCCCAAUGGGGAUAUCCGAGGUUGUUGUUACUAAAACCAAGGUCCCACCCAACACCUCGGAAAGCUCGCUCUCGUCAGUUCAACAAAGUACUUCAUCCAUCAAACCAGGUGAAAAACCAGACCCCAGAUCUCUGGCUGCCAAAUCCUUGUCCGCUCUUGUGCCUCCAAGUAAAUCUGUAACGUUUGAUGAUAAUGUUCGGGUUAAUACUGCAGAGACAGGUUCUCUGAUAAACCCAGAAGAAACUCAAUCUGUGUAUGUUCCAAAUGUUGUGACCGCUCGGGUGAAAUCUUUUGACCCCGAGAUUGUGGCUGAAACCUCUGAUACUGCUAUUUCUCUUGAUAACGAUAACCAUAAAGAUUCAGUAAACUUUCUUGUUGAUUAUGUGACGUCGUAUGAAGCUAAGCCUGAAGGUGGCGAAGCUGUUGUAACUUCAUCGUCUCAAAACAAAUGUGAUGUGAAACCUGACGAGAAUUUGUCGCAAUAUUUCGCGAGCAAAACAUAUAACCACGCCUUAUUAAAUCUAGAAGACUCGGUGCAGGAAGACUCUGGGACUGGGCUGGUUGCUGAGUACCAGGUUUCCCAGCCGGAUGUGCCUGGAACUGAAAAUAAUGAGGAUGCUAAAACGGAGUCGAAAUCUCUUGACGCUGACUCGAAAUCAUCAGAUACCACUUCGUAUACUUCCUUUUCGAGUGAAUCAAAUCAAAAGAUGGGAAUUACUUCACUCUCCUCCAUUGGUUCGAUCGACACGACCUCUCAGUCGGAAUCGACGACCUCACUCAACGUCAAAACAACUCAAGAUAAUGAUCCACCAAGCUCACCCCAUAAGAAUAUCACCGUUUUAGACCCGUCAUCACAUGACAAACCAUCUCAUGGUCACCCUGCUGUUACAUCACAUGAUAACACUCCUCAAACAUCUGAUCGAAUCUUACUACUUCAAUCCCAAGUCAGCAGGACAUUGACCACCAAAUUAAAAAUCAACCACUUCAAAAGCAUCCCUCUCAAGUUCAAUUUUCACUCGAUUGCAUUCCUGAACAUCUUGGUCCUCAAAAUCAGCGCCUAGCAAACCAGGCCUAUCAAGAUCAGCCACCAGAAAAAGAGGCCCCACAAAAUAUUCCUCAAAAAGUUGUCGCUGAAGAACUUAUUCCUCAAGUUCAGCUCUCAUUUGAUAACGUAAACCUACCCAAAGGCUCCGGUCCUCAAAAGCCAGCUCAUAAAGAUACUAACUCUGUUGCUCGCAAGUCUCACGGAACAAGAACCACUUCUAAACAGAACGAACCCCAAGAUCAAACCUACAAAGAUCGUCCGAGACGACCGCGUCAUGACAGCGAUGAGACGAAUCCUAUCCGCUCUCUUAAUGACAUCCUCCUCUUCGACUCGGACCCCAGGAAUUCUACAAGCAAUGAAAUGACUGCUGAAGAGAAUGAUCACACCCAGAGUCAAGCUCACAAUUACAAACACAAUUACAAGAGUCACCGCAAACGUUUCAACAUAGACGACGAGCGUAAGAAGGAUGACGGUGUGGAUGAGCAGAACAAGCUGAUAACAGCUCUCAUAGCCCAGCAAAACAACGAUUUUGAAGUGCAGAACAAACGGACCAAACAACUGAUAAGCACUGUUCGGAACAAUAUCAAGAACGCUAUUCAGUCAAACCGUGAUGUCGGACCAAAUCGUCAGUUAUCAUCAAGUAACAAGUUUAUUAGCGCAGUAAACCAAACUAGACGACAUAUAAAGAUGUCUAAUGUUAACAUGUUUGGGGAAAUGACUAAUUUUCCUUCGCACCAGCGACCGGUAGUAAAUGUGCAACAAGCCAAGACCAGUCCAGUUCAAGGCAGAAGAAGACAGAGAAGGAAAAAGCAGCAGCAGCAACCGUUAUCACCUGUCAACCGCCAAGGUCCUGCUACUGCAGAACUUCAGUUUCACUUUCCCAAACUCUGACUUUGAAUUUCUUUUUAACUCUAAAAUAUGUUUUCUCGCAGAUCUUUUAAUUAAUUAAUACUUGUUUUUUUACCCACCGAAACCUCGACAAUGCGAAUUUUUUCGGGGUGGAAAAUUUAGUUUUUAGAUCUUAAUGUUAUAGUUAAUUCCCCUUAGCUUAUCUUAUUCUUAGGUUGUCUAAAAACCUAAUGCAAGUGCAACUUUUACUGAAAAAUUGCCAUUAUAAAACUGUGUCCAGUGCCACUAUCUUAAGUUUAACCAUUAACGCUCGAUCUAAAUGGCCAAAAACAUUGAAUUACAUGUAGUAAAUUAGACUUGCACAUGUCAAAGGUAAAAUUUUAUUACUUUUUGAAAAGUUCUCUAAAUCUAAACGGAACCCGCAUAUUGUAGGUCUUACGGCCGUUUUGUGUACUGUAGAAAUGUUUAUUUACUUAUUCAAAUUAUGUGAUGUAUAAAUCAGAGGAUAUUGAUAAUAUCAAUGUAUAUAUUUGAUAUCAAGAGUUAAAGUAUUUAAAUUAUCUGUACGACUGAAAAUAAUCAUUAUCAAUACAAUCAUUCGAGGACCUCAAAAUUGAAAAUGACGGUUAAGUUCAUUUCUAUCAGUUUCAACUUUCACUAAACACUAUGACUAAAAAUGCAGCGAAACAUUAUUAAUAUCAAAAACCUUGGUUGACC